AUGCCAAGACCAGAAGAAUUGUCUGUCUCCACCCAUUUGAGCACCAAGGAUGCAGAAUCGGCGAGUACAGCAAAACCUCCAAGAAAUAAAUUUGUUCAAUUUUUCAUUGACAACUGGUUUAUGAUUACAACUAUAAUUGGAGUCAUUAUUGGCUUCGGUGUUGGAUUCGCUUUAAACCAAAAAGGACUGGAUGCAACUGCCAAAACUUGGAUAGCCAUGCCUGGUGAUAUCUAUAUUCGACUCCUUAAAUUGACCAUCUUACCAAUGAUUUCUGCCAACAUUAUCAAUGUUAUGGCUAACUUAAAUCCGAAAGAAAAUGGCAAAGUCAGUGCAAUUUCUCUUGGAUUUAUUCUAAUCUUCAACCUUUUGAGUCCCCUUAUUGGAGUUAUGUACGCUUACAUAAUUCAACCCGGUAAAUGGGCGAUAGGUGAUGACGUCCCGGGUGGGGGCGAUCCGGGAGCUCAUGGGGGAACCCAAAUCUCCUACAUUUUCAGGGACCUUCUCCUGAACAUUUUCCCUGACAACAUUGUGGGUGUAACUUUAUUCCAAGCCUCUACGGAUUUCGACAAUCCUAUCACUAAUGACGAUACGAAAGAGGUAACCUAUAAUGCAGUCACAGCAAGUGGUACAAAUAUGAUUGGUAAGACUAUUGGCAUUUAA